AUGACUGUGUUGCCUCAAGCGGUCCUGCAAAGCCCAGGAAAAAAUCCCAAGUUCAUAGAGCAGAGUGUUUAUCCCUCAUUACACUUUGCAAGGAUUCAUUUGAUCAAAGACAAAGAUGGCAUAGAUGAUUAUUUGGCGAAGAAUAUCAAAGGGUUGUCAAGACAAGAAGCUGCUGCGACCAGGAAUUCAUACAAGAAGAACAUCUGCAUAGACAUGCUGCGACAGGGUUAUCACAAGUCCUUCUCCGAGCUCUUCGCUCUGAUACAGAAGUGGAAUGCCUUCAGGGAGGCUGCAGGGCCUGGGACAGCCAUAUGGCAGCAGACGUCCCUGGAGGAGCAGCCUGAUAAGCUGGAUCAGCUUUACCACUUCCUGACCAGGGCUGAGGCAGCCCAGCGAGCAGGACACUAUGAAGAGAUGUACGAUAACCAGCUUAACUUGGCCUACUGUUUCAAUGAACCUGAGGACAAAUGGUUACGUAAUUACUUUUAUAAGCAAUGCUUCAACACUGCUCAACUAGUUAAAAUUGAUGGUGGGAAAAGAAUGGCACAAGCACAUGCUAAUAUGGGCGUCAUCAAUGAGGAAAAAGGUCGUGUUAUGAAAGCUGCUGAGCAUUAUGAAGCGUUUUAUCAGCUAACAGAGGGUUUGACAUGGAAAGUUGCAACAGGCCACACUUACAAUUCGCUGGCGUGUGAACAUCUCUGGAGAAUUUAUACCUUACUAGCAGACAAAAUGCUAGAAACCAAAGAACACCAACAGGCCAUCAAAAUGCUAAAGAAAGCUUUAAGACUAGCAAAAGAAGGAGGUGAUAUGAAGUUGGAAGGAGAAGCUGCAUAUUGCUUAAGUUUAGCAUAUAAUUUUGCUGGACAACAAGAGGAAGCAUUAUCAAUUUUGAACACCUCUGUAAAAAUCUUCACAGCAAUUUGUGAUUCUGCUGGCCUAAGCAGAGCAUAUGCAGCUAUAACUGAGAUCCUGGUAAGUCAGGGAAAAGCAGCUGAAGCUAUUGAGUACUUGGGAGAGUUUAUGAAGGCUGCUGAGAAUACCCAUCUAAGCCAGUGCCUGGUGGAUGCAUGCAUAUUACUUGGGAAUAUUUACAAUGGAAAAGGGACCUACAGUGAAGCUUUUGAAAAAUUCAAACAGGCUUUUGAGACAGCAGAAACUUCAAAUAAUUUGCCCUUAAUGAAUAGAACAAAGAUCUACUGUGGCAUUGCAAAGGCUCAUAAGAUGAUGGUGGCAUUUAACAGCCAUAUAGAAGCAGAAGAUCCCGUUAGCCUCAAGUACCUGCUGGCAUGGAAGGAGAACAGAAGUGACAUGUUCACUGACCCUCUUACAGUUGAGAAUGCCUGCUGACUUACAGAGAUACUGAUGGAUCUAGAAUGAGUACAGGAAGAUCGUUGAAGAGUCAUGCAACAAAAUAGGAAUUUUGGUAGGAAUUUUGUCAUUUAAAUGGGAGCACAGUGUUGCAGUAUAAAUAUCUGAGGUCUAAGUUCUUCUAUGACUGAAGUAAGACUUCAGUAUGUAUUACAUGUUUUUAUAAAAAAUAGCUGGUGACAUUGAAAUAAAUACAAAAGAAAAAUAGUAACAUAGAAUAGGAAGUUUGCACUUUGUGCCCCUAAUGCUUAUUGUCUUCCAAAGCAUCAGGAUCUUCCUGUUAAGAUAUUAAACAUACUUUAUGCCUACUGAACGGGAAUUCAAGAUGCUUGAUCUUCGUACAGUCAGGUUCUAAAUGUAUGUGUGGAGUUUUCUUUAAAUCCUAGAUUUUUGUUCCUUUCAGAGAAAAUAAACUACAAGCUUGAUACCUUAUUCAUAGGGCUAUCACUGAGUUUAGCAUCUGUGCUUAAUAGUUGCAGUUUAACUGUAACUUGAAUUGAAUGGAUUCUACCUGCGUGACACACUGUGGUGCCAUUUUCAUUUAAUCUAUAGCAGAGGUUGGACCCAAAACACAACUAAGUUUGUUUGAAGUCUGGGUGAGCACACUCAUGAAGCUGCCUGCACAAUCAAAGCACUUGAAAUGCCAUUGACUGUCUCAAGUGCAACAUCCAUCUAUAGGUACAGCUGGAACAACUAUAUUUAACAAUGAAAGUGCAUCUGGUAGAAUACCUGUGCGUCACAUUUUCAAACUUGAACCCAAAAUUCCCAUUUUAGUAAAGCCUGUGUUCAUUCACACAAUCAUGUAAACUGAAAUUCUGCCGAGAUUCUUUUUGAUAAAUAAUCCAAGGUACUGAUUUUGGAGUGCAUGAGGAGAAUUGUCUCCCAUUUUGAGCUGAUGAAAUUCUUCACAGUGGGUUCCCCACACGCCCCACAGCAGUCUGACUCCUGUGGUCUUCACAGUCCUCAGAGGGCAUU